ACCCCAAACAGCCUGUCAGCUCUCACCUGUACAAACAUACAGUAACUCCUAAACAUCUCUUCAGGGAAACACCGCGGCACAAACAAGAUUCCUGGCUAUUAUAAUAUGAAUGACACGUGCAGAGUCUGCAUUUCACAUUCACUAUAUAUGUGACAGGUGGGAGUCUUCAAAGAGCUGGAUGGAUCACACCGGGCAAGGCACAUGGACGGAAAACGGGCCAACAUGCCGAAGAUUAUCUUCUAUGAGGACAAGAACUUCUCUGGGUGUAGUUUUGAGUGCGGCAAUGACUGUGCAGACCUGAUGUGCAUCCUGAAAAACUGCAAGUCCAUCAAGGUGGAAAGCGGCUGCUUCAUGAUCUAUGAAAACUCCAACUACAGUGGGAACCAGUUCUGCCUGACGAGAGGAGAGUAUCCUGACAGCCAACACUGGCUGAGUGCCAUCGCCUCAGUCUGCUCCUGUCGGCUCAUCCCCGAGCAGCCCGGGGCGUUCAACUUGCGCCUGUAUGAGCGUCUGGAGUUCGGAGGUAAGGUGAUGGACCUGAUGGACGACUGCCCCAGCGUCAUAGACCGGUUCCAAGUGAACGGCAUCUUCUCCUGCAACGUGACCGACGGCAACUGGCUCUUCUAUGAGCACCCUAACUACUGCGGCAGGAUGUACCUGAUAAGGCCUGGAGAGUACGUUAGGUUCAGUGAGUGGGGCGGAAGGAGCGCCAGGGUCGGCUCCAUCAAACGUAUUCUGGACUAUUGAUCUGUUUUUUUGAGGAUCCCAAAGCUGCACCGAGGUUUUGGGAAAGCUUCAUGCUCUAUAAGACUAUAAAAAGAACCCAAUACUU